AUGAAACUUGCAGCUGUGGUGUUAUUUACUGUGUUUACUCAUACUCAGUGCCUGAGUGAUGAACAGAAGGAGCUCUUGAAAAAAUGGCACAUGGAGUGUUUUGAAGAAACGAAAGUGAGCCCUGACCUGGUGUUGAAGCUGAAGACUGGGGAUUGGCGACUUGAUAACAAACUUCUGAAAAAAUGGACGCUGUGUAUCUUGAGGAAAUAUGACCUGAUGAGCGAUGAAGGGGUGUUCCGUCUCGAUAACGCUCUUGCCAUGGUGCCUGAUAGAGACAAGGAAAUGAUCGAGGACUUCAUAGACGAGUGCUUGCCGAAGAAAGCCAGCGCCCCCUAUGAGAUAGCUUGGGACUACACUAAGUGCUACCACACCAUGGCCAAAAAACCCAAAAACAAGGACAAAAGAUUGCAUUACCUCAACAUUUUUUACUAA